AUGCCUCCUAGGCUGCCCUGCUCCAAAUCCUGGCCCUGCUGGUACCUCCGGUGUUCAGGGCCCCUGGCAGCCAAGCCUCCAUCUAGCAUCUGGCAUCUGGCUUGCCAGAGAUCCCAGAGGGCUGGCUCCCACUCCCCAUCUCUUCCCAGUCCCCCAUGCUGUGAGCCCUUACUUAAUGCAGCUCCUGGCAUCCAAAUUCUUCGGGGGAACUUGAUCAAAACAAUUGAGGAAGGGGCCUUCGCCGAGCUUCCUCGCCUGGUGGAGCUAGAUCUGUCCAACAACCUCCUGACAGAGAUGCCUCCAUUGCUGUACCAGGGCCUCCAGGACCUCCAGAUGCUGAACAUCUCUGCCAACCCUCUGAAGCAGAUCCCUGUGGACCACUUCGACAGCCUGCCCCAGCUGCAUUCACUGAGCAUGGAGGGCAUGGAGAUCCCCAACAUUCAGAACCGAAUGUUCCAGAAACUGACCAACCUGUCCCACAUUUACUUCGACCACUUUCAGUACUGCAGCUAUGCCCCCCAUGUGCGCAGCUGUCAGCCCAACACAGAUGGCAUCUCCUCCUUGGAGAACUUGCUGGCCAACCUGCUCCUUCGUGUCUUCGUCUGGGUCAUCGCCUGCGCCACCUGCCUGGGCAACCUCUUCGUGGUGUGCAUGCGCUCCCUCAUCGUGCCUGAGAACUUCCAGCACGCCAUGGCCAUCAAGUGUCUGUGCUGUGCUGACUUCCUCAUGGGCAUUUACCUGUUCUUUAUUGGUGCCUCUGACCUGCGCUAUGCUGGCGAAUACAACAAGCAUGCCCAGGCCUGGAUGGCCAGCUCCCAGUGCCAGGCUGUGGGCUGCCUGGCCAUGCUGUCCUCCGAGGUUUCUGUGCUGUUACUCACCUACAUGACGCUAGAGAAAUACGUAGGCAUCGUCUUUCCUUUUAGCCACUACCGAGCUGGCCGCCGGCAGACCCUCGCCACUCUGGUGGCCAUUUGGUUAGUGGGCUUCACCAUUGCUGUGGUACCCUUCUGGAGCCAAGGCCCCUUUGGCAAUUACUAUGGCAGCAACGGUGUCUGCUUUCCUCUCCAUUUUGACACUCCUGAGAGCACCAUGGCCCAGCACUAUUCCACCGCCAUCUUUCUAGGGGUCAACCUGAUCGCCUUCAUCACCAUGGUCGCAGCCUACAGCAGCAUGUUCCACUCGGUCCGUGUCUCCCGUGCCCGCUCAGCAGAACCCGGCACCUUUUCUCGGGAGGUCUCUAUUGCCAAGCGCUUCUUCUUCAUUGUCUUUACCGAUGCCCUCUGCUGGCUUCCCAUCUUCCUCCUAAAGCUGCUGUCGCUGCUGCAGCUGGAAAUCCCAGGCACAAUUACCUCUUGGGUGGUCAUCUUCAUCCUGCCCAUCAACAGCGCCCUGAACCCUGUCCUCUAUACCAUCACCACGUCACCAUUCCAGGAGAGACUGAAGCAGUGUCUUCGGCGAGAGACUCAUUCUCUUCCCUCCUCCCAAUCCACAGGCCCAAGCUUCACCCUGGUGCCACUCCAAGUCACUAGUACCAGAGACCUGUUGGGCCCAGUGGGCCAGCGCACAGGGAGGACUGUAUUUGGGCCUCAGGACUGA